AUGGGAGCAGGUGCCAGUGCUGAGGAAAAACAUUCCCGUGAGCUAGAGAAGAAACUGAAGGAAGAUGCAGAGAAGGAUGCCCGGACAGUCAAGCUCCUGCUUCUUGGAGCUGGCGAAUCUGGCAAAAGCACCAUUGUCAAACAAAUGAAAAUCAUCCACCAGGACGGUUACUCCUUGGAGGAGUGCUUAGAGUUCACCGCAAUUAUUUAUAGCAACACCCUGCAAUCUAUGUUGUCCAUUGUGAGGGCCAUGGGCACACUCAGCAUCCAGUAUGGUGACACAGCCAGACACGAUGAUGCCCGUAAACUGCUGCACUUAGCAGACACCAUUGAAGAAGGCUCCAUGCCGAAGGAGAUGUCCGACAUCAUCUACCGACUCUGGGAGGACACAGGCAUUCAAGUCUGCUUUGAGAGGGCCUCUGAGUUCCAGCUGAAUGAUUCGGCUGGCUAUUAUCUGAGUGACCUGAGACGGUUGGUGGCACCUGGAUAUGUCCCAACAGAGCAGGAUGUCCUCCGCUCCAGGGUGAAGACCACGGGCAUAAUUGAAACCCAGUUUUCUUUGAAGGACCUCAACUUCAGGAUGUUUGAUGUCGGGGGACAGCGCUCAGAACGCAAGAAGUGGAUCCAUUGCUUUGAAGGAGUCACUUGCAUCAUCUUCAUCGCUGCCCUCAGUGCUUAUGACAUGGUCCUGGUGGAAGAUGAUGAAGUGAACCGCAUGCAUGAGAGCUUGCACCUCUUCAACAGCAUCUGCAACCACCGGUACUUUGCCACCACUUCUAUAGUUCUUUUCCUCAACAAGAAAGAUGUUUUCCAAGAGAAGAUCAAGAAGGCCCAUCUCAGUAUGUGCUUCCCAGAUUAUGAUGGGCCCAACACAUAUGAGGAUGCAGGCGCUUAUAUCAAGUUGCAGUUCCUGGAGCUGAAUAUGAGACGGGAUGUGAAGGAAAUCUACUCACACAUGACCUGUGCUACUGACACACAGAAUGUUAAAUUUGUCUUUGAUGCAGUCACUGACAUUAUCAUCAAGGAAAACCUGAAGGAUUGUGGACUCUUCUGACCACAGGAAUCCAUGCAUCAUCCGAACAACAGCAGCUUUGCCAAUUCAGCUGUGUGAAAGGAACACGAUUCCAUUACCUAAGUCGAUGCAGUCCAUUCUUAUUAAAUGGACAGUGUCUCGAUUAGUGACCCACCCAUACAGAAGCAGUUUCUCUUAUAGGUUAGGCCAGGCAGACACCGCUACAGAUUACAAGCAAAAACAGCAUCCAUCUGGUCACAAGCAUUUAUUUGAACUUUUGAAGCUAGUCUGAUACCUCUGUCAGAAAGCCUUCUAACUAUACCUGAGAAGGUUUAAUCGCUUCCUUUUCUUCAGUAUGCUGGCUCUCAGCACAAAGGACAUUCAAACAACUUUGUUCUGAAAUCUCCAACUAAGGCACUGCUGUUCCUCCCAGGUGUGAAAAGCUGAAAAUCUGUGUGACCUUUCCUCUCGUAAUGGAAUCGCUUGAUCAAUCCUGCCAUUUUUACUCAAUAUUUCCUGUGUUUUCUUGUCGCUAGAGUACAGCUUGACUGCUCCUGCUUUAUGCCUGAGGCACAUUGCUUUCUAUGAAUGGUGAACACAUCCCCAGGUUAUUAAAGAUGUUGGACUGGAGAGCCAGAGUUUGACCAUGCCACUACCAGAGAGGACACUGCAAUUGCACUAGUAGAUACAGAGAUUCUAAUAUUUACACGAGAGAAAAACUCCCCAACUUUGAAUCCCUAGUCAAGGCAAGUCAAAAUUGUAGAACACUUCAUGAGAAAAGGUUUAGGCUUUAUUUCUUUCUACAAAGCAUUUUGUCAGUCUAGUUUUUUCCAGCACUGUUUCUUUUCCAGUUUCACAAAUAACCACCGCUGUCUGUGCAUGUCUGUGUGGGUUCUACAUACAAGGGCAGCAGCACCGACAUCUAGUGCCCUAUCACACAGGACUCAUUUGAACAUGAGAAAAAUUAAUAAGGGCUUUAAUUUAUCUGUUUCCAGAAAGUACAACUAUGUAUCACAUAUUCCUUCUUAGGUAGAAGCAGAGAAUUAGAAUUAAAAUUAGACCAGUAUUAAAUCCUAGAGCCAACCCUCUUAAGAGCAAAGAGUGAGACAGCCAUAAGUUGUCAAUCAUGAUGUUGUUAUAUAAUUUGGGCUUCAUCCUAGCAAGAUGUUAAAAUUGUACUGCAGGCAUUAGAAAAAGGCUUACAAAAUCAGAGGCUGUCUUUAAAACCAUGAGCUAUGGACUUCUGUGGUCUCAAUUUGUCCCUUGCUGCAUCAAUAGAUCCACAAGGCAUCAUUGCCCAAGACUGAUUUUGUGUAUAUGCUUGUGUACCUCUGGAAAAGGUUCCUUAAAACUGUUGUACUGUACUGUAAUAAACAAAGAGACAGAAAACUAAUAUACACACACAUACACAAUAUAUGUUGUGCUUCAUAAAGGCAGGUUGGGUAGAGAAAUAUAAACAUGCUACGUCACUGUGGACAAACAAAUAGCACAAAAGAUUUUUAAUCAAAGUGAUUCCAAAUAGUGUCAAGGAACCGGAACAUGCAAGCAACAGUGUUUCAUACCAGGUAUAUCUUCACUUAGCAUCAGUCUCCAAAAUAUGCAGCUUCUGCAGUGACUGGAUGAUGUGUUCAGUUUCCUAUCCAUCUUUGGAAAGUAUAUGUGUUUUUUUAAAAUGAGCUAAUUCCAAAGUUAGUAUUUUUAAGAUGAGACUCAUUGAAAGCAAUAGGGCUUGUUACCCAGAAGCCCAGCUGAUUUCAGUAUUCCACUCCACGCAGAACUAACAUCGAAUUUAGCCCAAUGGCUUCUCUGCACAUCUUCCUUUCAUUUCCAUUAACCUCACUAUAUGAAUGUUUGUAUAUGUUUGCAUGCACAGCCUUUUCCUUCAAAAGCUAUAGCAAGCAGUGGAUUUAUGGUUUAUUUUGCCAUUUUGUUGGUGUGUGCCUUCUUCUCAGCCUGAGAUAGAAUGUCUUACUGUCUAAGGUCAAACAGUGGGUUUCUAUGGACAAGUGAGUAUUCAAACCUGGGUCUCCAGAUGCAUCCAGCUAUUUCCUUGUAGCUGGACACAGUGAUAGGCAUCUGCAGGGUCCUCUGGGGAUCUCUGGAGGUCUCUACAGAUUCCAUCCUUGCAACACAACCAGCUCCAGGAAAACAGCUGGGUAUCUCCACCCACAAGGUGGAGUUGGGUUGAGAUAGCAUUGGGAGAUAAAAACUACAUGACAUAUGAAGUAGGAUCUCAGCCACAUUAAGUCUAACCCCCAAACCUAGCCAAGAGUAUCUCCCAUACAAUAUAGUCUCAUCUGGUGCCCCCCCCCCCCCACCAAAGCAGAUAGGACUGUGUUCAGCUACAGUGGGUGCUGCUGAAAAGAACAGAGUCUUUUCUGCAUUUACAAAUGUAUAGUUGUUUGGGGGUUUGGAGGUGUGUUUUCAGAGAUUUGCCAGACUGUAAAUUCAAGCAUGGCCACGUGCUCCAUGUUCCUCUAAUGAAAGUAGAAUAUAUGGUGGUUCUAGGCUAUAUUAGAGGGCAACUGCAGCAGGUCCAGGGACCAAAGUUUUGCCCUAUAACCCUUCAGGGGCUACAUAGACUGCCCUCCCCAAGCCAACAAGAGGCAAACAAUUCACUCCUGGUUUUGGGGAAAAAAUGUUUUGUUAAAAAAAUGUAAGUGUAGCCUCCCUCCCAACCCCAAAACAACCCAAUUAAAAGUUGAAGUCUCUCUUUUGGAAGCUUCCCAAAGAGGCAAUUCACUCUUCCCUCCCAAAAGAGGGAGCCUGAGCUGCAAAAACAGGCGUCAAACAGCUUCAUUUAUAUAUAUUGAACUAGCAGUGUCUAAGUGGUUUACAACUGUAAGCUAAUUGCCCCCAACUAUCUGGGUACUCAUUUUAGCCUCCUUGAAAGGA